UGCUGUUUUGAAGAGUCCAAUUUGGAUCCACACAACGGCGAUGAAGGACUCAUUAGUGGCGCAGCUAAAGGCAGAGCUGAAGCGCACGUUGCGCAAGCAUGUGGGAGAAGCGGUUAAUGACGUUUGCAAUGCGUUUGUAGACGAGCUGGAUCCUCCGCCACCGGCGCCGAUGUUUGCAAAAGUAGGGGCACUGAAGAACGAAGUGGACUACGACUGCUGCCGACAGUUGGUCGAAUAUAUCGUCCUGAAUAUGGACACCUCGCCUGAUUUCGCGCAGCAAAUGGACUGCGUGAUCCUCGCGUAUCAGAGUAAUGCCUCGAUGGACAUACUCAACUCGGUCGUGACUCAGAAUAUGUGGGUCAGACGAAAACUCGUACCACUUAGUGGAGGCGAAAGAGAUACACUCAACAAGCCAAAUGCAUUUACAGAGGUGCAGACACAACUGAAGGAUAAAAGUCAAAGAGCUGAUAUCAAUCCGGAGGAAAGAAACGUGAGUUUGGAGAGUACGAAGUUUUCGAGAACUGACAGUAUCAAAGUAAACCACGCAGAAGCUUCAGCAAAAAGUUGCGAAGGUGCUAACACGGAAAACUCGCAAAGGAAAGAACUUGAUCGAACCAAUUGUGGAGAUGUGGUUAAGAACACCAAAUUUAUCACGGCAAAGACUUCGACGUUUCGAAGUGAAAUCCUACCAACAAAGGCAACAAUAAACCUGAGUAAGCGAGCUCACUCAACAGCAAAAUAUCCAUCUGCGGAUGUGAUGAUAGCAAGCAGCUCUUCAGAUAGUUUAGCUGAGUCAGAUAGCGACACAUUCGUAGCUACAGCUUCCAACUCAACACACACUACAGUUCAAGCUAAUUCUGCGGAAGCCUCAAUCUCGGAUACGUCUGCGUCAGUGGACUCUCAAACAAACAACAACGUAGCGUCACGACCUCGAGAAUGGGGAAAGAGAAAACGUUUGGUGACAAGAAAGCGGCCAAAAGAAGCUGGAAUCUCUUCGAAGCGAGCACGUCAAGCCCCGUGGACAGAGUCGCCUGAAUCUUCGGAUCAAAGCUUUACAGGACAUGACACUUUUUUAGUGAAAAGGGCUAGUGCUCGACAGGAUGCAAGUGAUGUAUCUAUUGACAACAAUGUUCACACGUACUUGUACAAGGGAAGGGGAAAAGUGAAUGUGGUUACUGCAGAGGUGAAAAGAGUGGCAAUGGACCAGCAGAAAAUAAGUGUGAAGGGGCAUGGUUCAGAAGUAAUUCCGCCUACAUCGAAACUUGUAGUAGUCGAAAAGCAACCUCUUGGCGACACCCUUCAAACGAAUCGAUGUAACUCCGUUAUUAAGACUGGAACUAUGGGAACAACAGGAGUCGAAGCUUUCAGUCAAACUGAACAUUUAAAUGUACACGAGAAGAAGAAGAACUCAAAUGUUCCAUCUAGGCUGUCCAGAUAUUUUACAAUGGAUGAUGAAGUGGUGGUUGUGGAGAAGGAGAAGAAAAGUCAAAAUCUUAAAGCUUUCAAAGCAACUAAAGAUAUAGAGACCAAGAGUGGCCAUAACAGCGAGGAAUCAUCAAUUGAUUUUGAACUACGUCAAGUAGAGCGUGAUUUGGAGGCUGGAGACGAAGUCUGGGGACUGAAUGUGGCGAAAGCGAAAUUCCAAGCGAUACUAGACGUUUUAGUCAGUUCCUUGACCCAAGAAGCGCAAUCAACAGUGCUAAGCAAUGCCGAGACAGGUGAAAGUGCCCAGGCUGAAGAUCCCAUUGCCAAUCUAUGCAAUCCCACGCAGCGGUCUGCAGACCAGACUCGCCUUUUCAAGAGGCGUCUUCGUGAUACAAUGGCCAUCAUUGAUGCAAUGUUGUGCAAUCCUCCGCGGGGCCAAGCGUGUUCACGAAACUGCAAAGAUAUUCGUGCUCAACUGUGCAACGAGUUUACACCGUGCAUUAAUCCAACAUGUCGUGCGUGGCACGAGGCAGAAGCUCACAUCGAAACCUGUCCGAGUGAGCAGUGUGAACUCAAAAAUCGAGUCCGGCUGCGUGAAACGUUGCAUCUCAUCGAGCGCAAGCAGCAGCAAGCCAAUGCCGCACAUGCAGCGUUAGAGCAUGCAAAUGCAGCUCUCUUGUCUCCAACAAGACACAGCAAUAAGGAACGGAUCAACGUCGGCAACGAGGAGACUUUCGCGCAGAUCGAAAAUCUCGAGCAGGAUCUCGCGAACUUGAAGGGCGAGCUGAUGAUUCUGGUUGACAUGAAGCUGCAGCUUUCGAUCACGCUGAGCGACAUUGGUAUCGACGCUAACUCGGACGAUGGCGACGGAUUCCCAGACUUCGCCUCGCACUACACUACUAGAAGCCACCGACGCAAGUCACCGUGAUCUGCUCAAUGUGUCAAGCACUGCAGCUUGACACGUUCGCUGCUUCUCUUUUCCGAUUACUUCAUCGAAGACAUGACCUAGCUCCGAAAAGCAGCUAAUUGGUUUUAUGCACUGACGUUGAUAAACGAAUUUUUAGUCGUUCUCCUGUCUUUUUGAGUUUGAGGACGACGGCUACUAGCAGCAUCUGUGCGCGAAUGUGAGACCAAGCCGAUUCACAAGCAUACCUUUCUUACUUGGCAACUCCGUCGUCACUUGAACCGAUUUCAACUUGUCGGCGAAGUCGCCGGACAUGGUGCGAGCCUCGGCUCCAUUGCUUAAUCUCCAACAUCACGAAUCGUGAUUCACGAUGCCAUAUUUGAGCGGUCUUACGUAACUUGGGCUUCCAGCCGGCGGCACCGGUGCGCCACACACUCCUAAAUGGUAUGCGUUAUUCCAGCCAUAAAUUGUGUCCUCUACUUUCUCGACGACACUUUUUUCAACCGUCUUCUUCGAUCGCGUCGGUGGAAGCAACUGCGGUGGAACUCCAAAGUGCCCGGCGAGGCGUUCCAGAAUCAAUCAACAUUUUUUUUCUUGAAGUCCCUCCAUGGCUGAAGGUGGUGCUAGUGGCGACGCCGUGCUAUGUGGUGGAAAUUGCUUUUGUAGCGUAUGGGGAGUGCUCGCAGCAGUGUAACGCAAAGAGCAAGGUGUCGAAGCUGACGAGGAAGCCAUCUUCACGGAGAGUGUAGGACGGAUCAAGAAAAAGAACCAACAGAUUUGCCAGAUCUCUGUGAAUGAAUAACCUGCCAGGUCGGACCUGACAAAGUAGAAGAGGCUUGAUUGCACUACCAGGAAAUCAGUGCUUCUGCCGUCAUUCGAGGCAAUGCAAAUGAUCGUUUUCUCAGUAAACUUAGGAGGGACGAGUAUUCAAUUCAAGUUAAGCUGUGCGAUCAAAUUGAUGAUCAUCAAUGAUUAUCACGCAAUCCAUUACUUUGCUAAAUGAUCAGGAUAAUGCCAUCGGGGGAAAAGCUUUCAUUCGGACAAAAGAUAUUAAAGUAAAUUCCACGUCCCCGACAAGAUCGCAAGAAAUACAGGAUCCGCUAUGCACACGCGGAGUUUGAAAAAUUCGAAUUGUGAAAUCUGCGGGCAAUGCUCGAGUGGUUGUGUUCUCCCCUGGAAAAACACAUGAUAUUCGCUGUUCGAAAUCCUUCGUCCUCUCGAAUUAUUUUGUGACCGUUGAUUUGCGUAUACGUCUCCUCUCUUCAGAGUGUGCAUACUGACAAACUAUCUCCUCUAUUCAAGUCAAGCCCAGUAUUGCAAUCCCGUCGCAGAAAGGAGAACUUAUUGGAGAGAAGCAUCAAACGCAGACGUAAACCGAUCUAGAUGUAGUGAAGCAACGGGCCAUUAAACUCAGAUCCAGAGAAGCUCAUCGAGAGUCGUUGCUCUGAAGCAGAUGAAUACCAUAAAUAUUAUGCAGUACGUGUUUCUGUUGUAGAUGCUCAAGGAGUAAAUCUUACGCUCUAUAAAAAAUACUCGUUUUUGCAGACGUGUGAAUCGGCACGAAUCGUGGCACGCUGUCCCGAUUGAAAGAGUUGGAAGAGAAUUCGGAUUGACUUCAUAUAGUAAAACUGCA